AUGGGCGCAGGCCCAUCUCUGUCGGCGCUCGAGCUGGCCGUGGAGGCCAACGACUCGUACGCCCUCGACCAGCUGCUGGACGUGGUGACCUGCCCCCUCGACGGCGUCCUGCCCGACCAGCGCGACACGCUCCUCUCACUCUCCGCGCGGCGCGGCCACGCGAGCUGCGCUCAUCUGCUGCUCUACCACGGAGCACGCACGGCCACGGCGCUCAACCACCCCGACGUGGUCGUGUACCUGCGCGCGAGCGGCAGGUGGUCGCCGUUGGCGCACCUGGAGGCGCUGCUGCCGGGCGAGGCUAGAGAGCUGCUGCGCGCCGGCGCCAGCCUCGACACGGGCGUGCCAUCCCCGCGCUGCCGGGCGCAAGCCGCGGCGGAGCGGCUGCCAGGCAGCGGGACGCUCCCGGCGAGGCUCGUGCUGCAGGCGGCGGAGCCGUGGUCGCCUCAGAACCACCACCUCUUCCCGGCGCGCGCUCGAGCGCGAGCACGGUUUUUGGCGAAGGUGGGCAACGUACUCGCGCAGCGGUACGCGCCGCUUUCACCCAGCGGGCUGGGUGAUGUGUGGGUGACGGCGGUGAUGCCGCUCGCCGUGCACCGACACAGCGUAUGA